GAAGCCUUGAGUUAAAAAACAUUGUUUAAUUAGUUGUAACUGCACAAAGCACUUAUCCUGGCAUAUACCACUAAGAAAAAGAGGAAGAAGACACUAAACCUCAGGUCUGGAAAGAGAGAGACAGAAGAACAAGAAAUACACUGUCAGAGCAAAGAAUAAAAGUACGACCCCUAAGGUAACUGAAAACCACAAGGGACCGAUAAAUCCCAAGGAGCCUUUUGUCAGUUUCCUUAUAGAAAGCCUUAUCAGCACUGAAGUGGACUGAAGUCAGAGAUCUGUCUGCAUAGAGCUCCUCCUGAUAAACCAUUUCUCCAGUUUGUUAAGAUUUUGAAUUCUAAUCCUGUUCUCCAAAGUGCUUGCUACCCCACCCAGCUUGGUAUCUGUGACGAGUUCCCAAGAUACAACCUGGAACUGGAGUACUGCUGAGCUCACCAACCUGGGCUCCCUCUCACACUGUACUGCUGUGACAAGCUGCAAACCUCUGAUCAUUCCACAGGGGCAAGAUGAACUUGCAACUGGUCAUUCCUGGAUUAGUCGUCCUGCCCAUUAAACUAGUAGGGACAGCUCUGUUUCUCAUCUAUUUUCCACAGAUCUUCCCCAUGCCGGGCUCUCAAGGGACCCUCAAUUCCACAACUGAGGGGAACAUAACAGUUGUACAGACUACCCCAGGCCUGCCUAAGACACAACCUGAUUCCGGCACAAUCACACCUACAGCUCGUGACAGAACAGCUAAACCCUUACAGUGGGAGGGGCACCGAGGGAAUUACUACUUAUUUUCUAAAGCCAAAGGGGUCUGGAGUUCCAGCCGAACAGAGUGUGAUGAACAGAGCUCGGAUCUAGUUGUCAUCAGUGACAGAAAAGAGCUGGAGUUUCUUCGUAAUAAAACAAGGGAUGCUGAUUAUUUCAUUGGACUAACUUACUCAGAGAUGGAGAGGAGAUGGUAUUGGAUUGACAAGACAGAGCUUACGAGAGGCCUAUUUACUCUGAAACCAAAGACAUUGGACUAUGAAAAAGACUGUGCAGUUAUCAGAGCUGGAGAAGUGAGUCCUGCAUCUUGUAACCAACUAAACCACUGGAUCUGCGAGAAGACAAUGAAAUAACUCUUGUUUUGUAGGAAGAGUCCCAGCACAGGUAGUCUGUGGCACUGGAAUCCAGCUGGAGCAUUUCCCCCUAAUCUCAGACACAAAUAUGCACAUGUAUUCUCAUUUUAUAAUAAAAGGAACCAUGAUAUGA